AUGAGCAAGGAUGAUUUGGCGACAAAGGAGAGCAAACGAAUUUCUCCAGAAAUAGAACAAGAAAAGUCGCACGAUACAACUAACACGCAAUCAAUAAACGCACAAUGCGAUUCUCGACAUGAACGAAUUAUUCAGCAGAUGGAAGAUCUUGAUCUUCUUACUGAAACAAAGGAUAUCGAUACGGAUUCAGGUGUCUCAUCAUUGAGACAGUCAUCCGAUAAAGUGGCUCAAUCCAUAUCACGAAUAACUAUAACAUUCGAUGGUGAAUUCGACAAUGAAACAUGUCAUCCAACAUCGAAUGCUUCAGUAUUGGAAACAGCUGAUUUUGAUCGUCGUCCGUCAGAUUCUUCAUCUAUAACUAAUUUUACACAUACGAUGGGAUCAAGUGAAUUUCGUACGAGUUCAGUAACAAGUAGUCGUACAUCAACUAUUACUCUGCCAUCUUUUAUUUUAUCAAUAAGAAACAAGAAUUCAAAACUGCCAGCAACCAAUGCAAACACUGCUGAAACAAAAGAAAAGCAUGGUGUACGUACAUUUAUACGAAAAAUCUUUAAAACAUCAUCAUCAUAUGCGCCAAGAAAUCGUACGCAUUCACAAACAAUCUUAAACAGUCAACAGAAAGGUCCCGUAUUAAAUAUUGAUGAAGAACGUGGUACAGCUUAUCCAACAAUGAGUCCGUUACCGAUUACGCAGGGUCCAAUACGAUUAUUAGUACUUCGACAUGGUGAACGACUUGAUCGAUACUAUUCAUCGCAAUGGUUAAGACAAGCAUUUGAUAAAAAUGGAAAUUUUUGUCGCUUUUCACCAAUCUUGCCAGAAACAUUACCAUUUCGUGCUUCAAUUCGUGAUUUCGAUCUUGAUCCACCGCUAACUUACAAAGGUCUCAAAGACGCUUUUCAUACAGGCACUGUGUUAAAAGAAAAAGGUAUUCAUAUUAAUUACUGUUAUUCAUCUCCAGCACUUCGUUGUGUUCAAACAGCUGCCAAGGUUCUUGAAGGUUUACAAUUACAAAAUAAACUUAAAAUGCGGAUUGAACCAGGUAUAUUUGAAUGUACCGGUUGGUAUACAGCGGAUGGCAACAACGAUACUUUAACAAUGCCAAGAUUUAUGACAAAAAAAGAGUUAUUAGAAAAUAAAUAUGUUAUUGAUAAGAAUUAUCAUGAACAAAUGUCGAUGGUUGAUUUAUCUCAUCUUGAAAAUGAAUUAGAAUUUUAUCAACGUUGUCAUGCGGUUACAGCAAAUAUACUAAAAAUGCAUGAACAAGAAUAUAUUAACAACAUUCAACAAGGACAAACUUCACCACAGCAAAAUGUACAUAUUCUAUUUGUCGCACAUGCACCGAAUUUAGAAACAUGUACCCGUAAAUUAUGUGGUGGAAAAUUUCGUCCGGAUACAUUGCCACAUGUUAUUCGAAAUGUUGAUUUUCUUACAAUGACUGUCAUUGAGAAAACCGAUAAUAACUGUGAGAAAUGGAUAUUUCGUCGUAGUUCAUUUUAUGGCGAUGAAUUUUGA